AUGUAUUCAACUCAACGAUCACGACUUCACCAAAUACGACUGAAGCUCAACAAAGUGAAGAACAAACGAAGCCCAGUACCACAACUGCGAUGCGAGAUGGAAUCCGUUCAACGACCACGCCUAAGCCAGAAACGACUGAAACUCAUCAAAGUGAAGAACAAACGAAGCCCAGUACCACAACUGCGAUGCGAGAUGGAAUCCGUUCAACGACCACGCCUAAGCCAGAGAACGACUGAAACUCAUCAAAGUGAAGAACAAACGAAGCCCAGUACCACAACUGCGAUGCGUUCAACGACCACGCCUAAGCCAGAAACGACUGAAACUCAUCAAAGUUAG